UUCUCGGAGAUGGCCUUGCUCCGCGGGAAACGGUCGGGCGAGGGGGGCAAGAUGGAUCAUGCCCUCCGGGGCGCCAUCAAUCCCAUCGACGGUCAGGGGGGCACCACCUUGAAGAAGAGGCAUUGUUACUACUGCGUCAAAAUCUUCGACGCCCGCUACAAAUGCAAGGGCUGGAGUUUGGGCAAACUUGAGACGCAGAUCGGCUCGGGCGACGAAGAGCACAGGAAGUUCUUUGCUUACAUGACCAACCUGGUCGACCAGUUGAAGCUGAUGGGUGGGGCGGGCCGUGAUCGCGUCAACGUAGACUGGGGCAAGAUCGACACGGUCAUCAAAAAGGUCAAGAAAACCCAGGUCAAGACCCAGAACCCGAAGGACCUGUACAUGCUGGAGGCUGAUUACUACAUGGAGCAUGGAGAUCCCGAUACAAACGGGAAAGGUCACAAGAAGGUCAUUUGGAAAGGUAGCAAAUGCGUCAAACUCCCAGGUCCCAAGGUUUGGGAGGUUGAGCGCAAUGAAAUCGAGGAGGCGGUCGAAGAGGAGAUAGUCGACGACGGCAGUUUGCGUCUCGGCCGGGGCCAAGCAGAAGCCGAUUUCGCGGCUUUGGGGGCGAGCCUGUUUGCGGCGUACCCCGUUGCUGGCGGCAUCAGUCUCGACCAGAUGAAAAGGGAUGUGGCAGCGGCGCCAAGUUCGGGAUCUUCGGCGCCCAAACCAACGGAUGCGAUGCAGGGGCCGACCACCGACAACAUGAGCGACGACGGGGGCGCCGAGGGGAUCCAGCGGGGCGGGUCGGGGGGCGUGUUCGCCGAGGUCUCCGAUGCAGCUGCGCGGGCGCAUACGCCGACCAGUGGAAGCAAGAGCAAGGGCAGGGGCAUUGUGACGCCAAAGCCGAAGCCCAAGCCGAAGGUCAAGCAGCCGCCGCAGGUGUCACCUACGCUGGGAGACGCGCUCACGCCAGUGCUGGCGCCCGCGCUUGGAGGCGCGCACCCGCAGCAACGUGACAUUAUCGAAGUUGCGGAGGAGACGCUGGACGAUUACAAAGACUGCAACGACGGAGAGAAGUUCUUCGGGCAGGCGCGGACCCACCGUGAGUAUCUUGCUCGGCUCAUAAAGGACAUCAACACGCACGCGGAGCAGAGCAAGGUCAAGGUGGAGCCCAAGGAUUACGAGAACUCGUCGCACUUCUUGAUGUUGGACCCCGUCGCCGCAUCACCUUUCCCGGCGUGGGUGUCGCAGGCUGUCUUGAUGAAGAAGGUCGAGAAGGUGGAUUCUACAGAUGGGUUCUGGAAGCCCCUCGCUCCAGCUAGCCUUGAAGCAGCGGGUUUCGAGGCGGCCGCGCACCGCCAGCAGCGCAUAAAGAUGUUCCAGACUAUUUUGACAGAUACACUCAAGGAUGGGCCAGAUGAUUCAGAGUACGAGCUUGCCGCGAACACAAUUUUGGACAUUCUUAACGACACGCCAGAUGGUGCCAAGACGUUGUUCACAUCAGACGACAUGCGCGAGUUCGAAAUUCUCAAGACACUCUGCAGCCCAGAUAAGCCUGACGCUGAUGACCUUGCGAUGGCUCUGGAUGCCAUUCGUAAGACGGGCGAGCUGGCGAUCAUCGGGAUUAUCAUGGGGCACCAGCAGGGCGAGGCUAUUAUCCUUGAUGCGAAGGCGUGCCACGAGGGAAGGGAGAGGAAGGCUGAGUGCACGAUGGCGCUCGAGUCCUUGAGUUCGAAUAUUCCCGAUGUUGACGUGAUUAAGCCUGGGAGUUGCAUGAUCGCGAUCAUGGGCCUCCUGAGUGGGCCCGCGGAGCGCCUGGCGGCGUUGCAGCCGUGCGAUUCCGCCGAGAUCCUCGCCGACAAGAAGGAUGACAUCGACCGGUGGGCCACCAUCCUCUUCAUGGGUAUAUUCUACAACUUCUGGCAUGCCCUCGACGCCACAGUGUUCCGCGAGCAGUUCAACCCCACGGGCGAGGACGCGUUCAAGGCCUCGACGGAGGACGGCGGCGACCUCUUCGAGGACGCCCUGGCCUCCUUGGACAUG